AGUAAUCUUUGGAUUUCAGGUUUUUCAGGACAUUCCUGUUCUAAUCCCAUCCAGACUGGAAUCUCUUAACAAUGCAACAGGGUUGUGCUUUUUCCAAAUUGUUCAGUGUUUGUACAGAGUUUUACAGUGCAAUCCGUUUUUAAGUUGGUAAUUAUGGUUUUUACAGAUGAAACAGCAGCAAUGACUGUAGGCAGUCUGAUUCUGAGAGCCACUCUGCUUCACGAUUCACUUGUUAAAUGUCCUCUCCUUUUCGGGGAGGUGAAGCGCACAGCCACUGGAAUGGCAAGAUGUGCAGCCUUGGUGUGUGGCCAAUAGCAUUACUGCUUCUCCUCUGCAUCUGUGAAGCAAAGGCAGCAAAGUGCACCAGAUUCUGCAUCUGUGACAGCAUCCAACUCACAGUGGCUUGUGUCAACAAGAACCUAACUGAGGUUCCACCUUCCAUUGAUGAGAUCACAGUCAAGUUGGACUUGAGAGGUAAUAACCUGCAGGAACUUCCUACAGGAGCAUUUUCGCAUACACCUUACCUCACCCACUUGUCCCUCCAACGCAGUAAAAUCCUAAAAGUGAGAGAAGGAGCUUUUCGCAGCCUUGGCCGCUUGGUUUUUCUUAACUUGGCCUACAACGAUAUUGAGAUCCUCUAUCAGGAGUCGUUUGAUGGACUCUCCUCCCUGAAGCAGCUGCUCAUUGACCACAACAGAAUUGAGGAGAUCCAGCCUGGAGCUUUCUCACAGCUAGGCUUUCUUAACCUUCUCUCUAUCACCCACAACCGGCUGGAAUACAUACCAAACAUGGCCUUUCAGGGCCUGCAGAACAUUAAAUGGUUACGGCUCAGUCACAACGCUCUCAAUUAUCUGGACAUUGAGGCGUUUGCAGGCCUCUUCACUCUGACCCGUCUCAGUCUUGAUAACAACGGGGUGCAGUUUUUCCCCACUGAGACAAUGACCAGAUUGCCUGAAGUGACUCGCCUGGACUUGAGCUACAAUCCCAUGACCUAUCUUGGAGAGGAGGUAGUUUCCAUGGCCAAGCUCACACACCUCUUCCUGGAUCACAACUCCCUGCAGGAUUUCUCCAACUCUGCUGUCUUGCUGUCUCCCCGUCUCACUCACCUGGACCUCAGUCACAACCAGCUGCGUGUUUUGCAGCCUCUUGUUCCUGAAUCACCCAAACUCACCCGCCUCAACUUGGCAGGAAACCCCAUCUACUGCAGCUGCUACCUGCGUCCACUGCGAGAGUGGGCCAUUAGGGAGCGUGUGCGUCUGGGGGGAGCGUGCAGAGGUCCGCCUCACCUUUCUGAGGAGAACCUGGACGCGGUGCAGCCUGCUGAUUUGCGCUGCCAAAGUCAAGAGGCCAUGCUGAAAGCUGAGCUGGAGGAAAUGAACAGAUUUCCUGCACCACCCACAACCCCACCUCCUGACCAGAUCCAGUGUCCAGCCAACUGUGUCUGUGAGGCUGAGAACCAUCACUCAUCCUGUGAGAACAAGGGCCACACCAAAGUACCACGAGGCUUCUCUCCAAACACCCGUUUGCUGGACUUACGUGACAACCACUUCCACUACAUCCCCACAAACAGUUUCCCAGGUGUUCCAGAGGUAGUUUCCCUUCACCUGCAGCGCUGCAAGAUUCAUGAGGUGGAGAACGGCGCCUUCAGUGGUAUGAAGGGCCUGGUCUACCUCUACCUGUCGGAGAAUGACCUCACGUCACUAAGUCCAAAUGCCUUCAAAGGACUGCCUCAGCUCACAUACCUUCAUUUAGAGAAGAACCGUUUUACCCAGUUCCCCAAAGGUGCCUUCAAGCUGCUGCCCGGCUUACUGGCUCUUCAUUUGGAAAACAAUGCCAUCGCUAAGCUUGAUUCAGGGAUCCUAAUGGGUGCUGAGAAGCUCAGGGGUCUUUUUCUCACCUCAAAUGCUAUUACCUACAUCAACCCCAGAGCUUUUGACCCAGCGCCUGAUCUCGAUACCCUGCAUUUAGGAAGCAACAAACUUAAGGAGGUGCCCAGUACUGCCCUCUCCAAGACCAGUAGCUUGGCUGAGCUUCGUCUGUCAUACAAUUCUAUUCGCUGGGUUGGACCAGAAGCUUUUUCGCCAGUCGGAGCCUCUCUGAGACAUCUGUAUCUUGAUAACGUGGGUUUAGAAAAGAUGUCCAAAGAUGCAUUUACUGGACUUGGAUCUGGCCUGAGGAGUCUUUUCUUGGAAGGAAACCAGCUUGAGGAUGUUCCUGACUUAAAUCCACUUACUGGGCUUGAAGCUAUUAAUCUGGCAGAGAAUCCAUUACUGUGCGACUGUCCACUGCUACCUCUGCGCAGGUGGAUAGAGAGUGUAAACCUAAAGGUCAGAGCCACCUGUGCCUACCCACCUGAGCUCCGAGGCCAGAAAGUUAAGGAUGUCCACGUCUUUAAGAGCUGUCCUGGAGAGAGGCCUUAUCCUACUCGGACACCGUACACCUCAAAAGCUCCAAAGGCCACGAAAUCCAAACCUGCUCUUAUUGGUGCCCCAAAAGUCAUGAAAGUGGCUAAAGUUAAACCACGUAAGAAUGCAAAACCUCACUUUGUGCAGAAACCCACUGCCAAGAAACACAAGUCAGUGUAGACUAGAUCCAAUUAAACCAACAGAAACCAAUACAGGAAUAAGCAUUUAAAGCUGUUUAAGUGACUCUUGCAGAAAACACACACCCUGUAUCUACUUAAGUCAAUCCAUGCUGGAUAGUAAGCUGAUACUAAGUCAUGUUUCUAUAUUACUUUUUUUCUACUUUAUUUAAGCACUUAAUAUUUUCUACAGUAUUUCUUUGCAAUCCAAUUCUUAUUGAAGCCAUGUAGUUUCUCUUUUCUUUCUGUGUGUGCCUUACUAUUGUACUGCAAGUUCAAAUUGGUUCACA